AUGUCUGAAAACGAGCGACGGGUGGUGGAUUCGACGCCCAUUCCAUCAGCAGAGCCUUCAGAUUCAUCUAUGCCGGAGGUUCCGGGACCCUCUGGCGAUGGCGCUCAAAACGCAAAACCGAGAAGGAGAAGGCGCGCGGCCAACUCGGAUAACCAGAAGAACCAAAUGUUUUAUUUCGUCGACUCAAACUCGUCAUCGAAGGAGAAGCGCGCCCAUGUUAUGCGGCACCACGUGCAGGAAAAAAGGAAGCAGCGCAAACGUUCUCAUGGAAUAGUCCAGGAGCAGCUUCAAGAUUCACUCUCUUGGUCUACCAGAAAAGACUCCGGGUAUGGUACUGAUGGUGGAAAAGAUGUGGCCUUGAUUGGCGCACCGGGUCGAUCUGCAGACCAGAAUUCUUCGCUCCCAAUCAGGUUCUCAAAUGUGAACCAAGUCUCGCAACCGACAGUGCCCAUGCAACUGAGCUCACCCAUUCCUGUGCUUGAUAAAUCCCGCACAUAUCCAUUCUCGAGUCUCCCAAAGGUCCACAAUCCCGAAGACAUGGAGCUGGUCGAUUAUUGGAAUAACAAAUUAACAUAUUGGUCUGGACAAAACCCGUAUGUCAAGAAUCAAAUCUUCCGCACGGCCAUGCAGCAUCCGCUUUCCUUCCAGUCGUUUAUUUUGGUCUAUUGUGCGCGGUGGAAGGCCCAGUUACAGGAGACUCCCGACACCUUGGAGGUUCAAUGGCAUGUUGGCCAGGCCCGGAAGCGUAUCGAGGAGGCUUUUUCGGGUUCUAUGCAGGUUCCACCGGAUUAUCUGGCCCUGGCCUUGGCAGGUAUGGCCCUCUCAGAGUGGCGAUUCGGCAGUCAGCCAGACGCCCAAGCCUAUCUGGAACAGGCCGUCCGAAUUAUGCGACCGCGAACUGGAUCCAACAUGUCCGUAGAGGUCCCCUUUCACUACGUGCGAUACAUCAUGGCGCCGAACAGCAUGGUAGUCGACCCAGCUGACCGGAGAUGGCUGGUUACCUUUCUCCGGGGGGCGCACGACCUAAUGCAAGUGCACCGCGUCCCCGAAUACUUGGCACAUACACCCCAGAGACGGGAUGCUUUUCAAAUGGAAAGCCCGCUGUUCCCCUUGUUGUCCAGCGGGCCGCGGCCCUCACAGGUGCCACAUGAAUCACGCAUGUACGUGGUUCGCGACCAUCAGACUCAGGAAAUCAGCCGGACUGCGGCCCUCAUCUUCAUUACUGCGGCACUCUGGGAUUUCAAGGACUCGAUCAGCAAGACCAGACGAUUCUUGGACUAUUUGCAAACGAUGGUCGAGCACCAUCAGCUUGGCCGACACCCUGCCUGCGAGACUUUGCUCUGGUUGUUGCUAGAACAGGGAUGUGACCCCGACUUACAAAAUCCCGAGCGAUCGUGGUCUACCGGUGAACUUCUGAAGACACAUCGACAGCUGCGACCUGACCUGCAAUUCCAUUUCAACGAGAUUUUGAUGAGCUUUUUGAGUCUGCGCCCUCCGAUCCGCGGCAUUGACGUGUUCGAGGAGGAACUCGAAGAGGAAAGUUAG